AAGCCAAGAUUAUCACUUUCAAUUAUAAACAAGAUAGCAAAAGCCCUAAAUUCUGGGAAAAAAAAUGCCGAUGAAGGUGCUGGAAGCAACAUUAGCUACAUUUGAUGGUGUGUUUCAGCAAUUUACCAAUGAAGCCGCGAAUAACAAGGCGAACUUUAUCCUUUUCUAUGCUGAUAAAGAACCAUCCACCAAUCUUAGUUGGUGCCCAGGUAAAUUAUGGGAUCAUCUUCAACUUCUCGUCGUCGGCUCUUAUGUGGUCCGGCGGAUCAUUCUGUAUUGUAUUUUCAGAGACAACACGUCUCUAAUAAUAUAUGGGCAGGAGUUCCAUCAGAAGACGUAUGCUGCCGAAGAUUUGAAGGAAUCAUACAUCCCCGUGUUUUGGCAGUAGUGAACCAGAUGGGGUUCGGCGGUAUAUUGAGGUGUGGUCAACCAAAGGACAUUGACCACCAUCUUAUCACCGCAUUGGUUGAACGUUAGAGGCCAGAGACUCACACGUUUCACUUUCCAGUCGGUGAAGCGACUGUGACAUUGGAAGACGUGGAGGUCUUAUGGGGCCUCAAAGUUGACGGAGAGGCUGUGACGGGUUACAUCCCCUCGAAGGAUGUGGGAUAUUGGAAGGACGUGUGUUUGGAUUUUCUAGGAUUUAUACCAGACGCAAUGGAGUUGAAAGAAAUGGGUUGGAAUCAGACAAGCUUAUCAAAACAAUUGAGGAUUGAGCUGAAUGAUGAGCACGAUGACUACAUAUAUGUUCAGCGGGCUCGUAUCUAUAUGUUCAUCAUCCGACGGAUCACCAUCUGAGUCUUUACUAUCCGGGUCGACAUCUUCAGAAUCGUAAGGUGAUUGUGGAUCAAGAAAGUCGGCUUUAUCAGGACCUAUUAUGUCCUCAACCACAUCACAAUUGUCAUUGUCCCCUAAAUGCACGCCUCCAAAAUCAAAAUCUUGUGUUGCAGCGAA